CCCAGAAAAAAAGAAAGCAAAAAAAUGAGCAAAUGGUCUCGUCUUAUCCUCAACCAUCUCCGGCACAUAACCGGGCCGGGCCCUCGUCUCCUCCCAGCCCGACCUUCCUCUCCAACCAUCAUCCGGCUCUUUUCGACCGCGUCGGAGCUGGAGGAGACGCGGAAGGCGAUCCAAGGGAUACUGUUCGAGGUGGAGAGGGACAAGCAGAGGGAGAGGGACGAGAGGAAGCGAAAGGGGCUGGACACGGCCGACAUUGACGCGGAGGACGAGGAGGAUUUCAUGGGCGUCGGGCCCUUGAUCGAGAAGCUUGAGAAGGAGAAUCUGAGAGGAGAGGCGGAGAUGUACGAGGAGAUGACUGAGUCAGACUCCGACGACGACGACGAUGACAGGUGGUCGAUGGAAGAGGUGGAGGAGCAGUGUUAUGAUUUUGAGGAGAAGUUUGAGAGACAUGAACAGCUUCUCAAGGGCUUCACCGAUGCCCAGACGCUUGAUGAUGCCUUUAAAUGGAUGAGGAGAAUUGACAAGUUUGAGGAUAAGCACUUUAUGUUGAGGCCCGAGUAUCGUGUGAUAGGUGAGCUGAUGAAUCGGCUGAAAGUUGCUGAAGGCAAGGAAAAAUUCCUUCUACAACAGAAGCUAAAUAGGGCCAUGAGGUUUAUGCAGUGGAAAGAAGCUUAUGAUCCUAAUAAUCCGGCAAAUUAUGGCGUCAUUGAACGGGAGGAAACAGGGCCCUCUGACGAACAUUCAGAACAGGCAGCUUUUGAGAGAGAAGACGAGACGAUUGAAGGAGAGAAAGAUGAUGACAACUUAGAGUUUGAUGAUAUGAAAGAGAGGGAUGAUGUGUUGUUGGAGAAGCUUACGGCAAUUGACAAGAAGCUUGAACAGAAGCUUGCAGUGUUGGACCAUACUUUUGGGAGAAAAGGGAAGCUUUUGGAGGAAGAAAUCAGAGAUCUUGCUGAGGAGAGGAAUUCAUGGACGGAGAAAAAGAGAAUACCUCUUUACAGGAAGGGUUUUGAUGUUAGACUUAUUGAUGUGAACAGAACCUGCAAAGUUACUAAGGGGGGACAAGUUGCCAAGUACACUGCCAUGCUAGCUUGUGGGAACUAUCAUGGGGUUGUUGGUUUUGCCAAAGCAAAAGGUCCAGCAAUUCCCAUUGCCCUUCAAAAGGCGUAUGAGAAGUGCUUCCAGAAUCUCCACUAUGUAGAACGACAUGAGGAGCACACAAUUGCACAUGCUGUUCAAACAUCAUAUAAAAAGACCAAGGUGUAUCUUUGGCCUGCCUCCACAAGAACAGGAAUGAAAGCUGGCAGAACUGUUCAGACAAUUUUGAACUUGGCUGGUUUCAAGAAUGUGAAGUCAAAGGUGGUUGGCUCAAGAAAUCCUCAUAACACAGUAAAAGCACUUUUCAAGGCUCUUAAUGCAAUUGAAACUCCAAAAGAUGUCCAAGAGAAGUUUGGUCGAACCGUUGUGGAGUCAUACUUGCUAUAAUCCACUUGUGGUUUGCCUUCAGCUUUUGAGGAACAAUAGUGUCAAGAUGUGGAUGAACAGUGUACUUUACAAUUUAAUGUGGCUUAUAGAUCUUCGGUGUAGUGUUUCUUUGGGAAGGUCAAAAGUCAAACUGACAUCUCAAUCUGUUGUUAUGUGUGAUCAAGUCUACCUUGGAGCAUAAAGACGGCAUUGCAGAAACCCAUUAAAGAAUGAUGCUACUCUAAAUUCACCAGUCAGAAGUUUUGGUAGCAUACUACAAACGAGUUAGGAAUUUGCAUUUCAUUAUUAAAAUUAGGUUUGACUGUUUGAAUAUUUUGUUCCUGUCUUGGUCUAAAUUGUACAAAAUACUGCCAUAAAUGUUUCAACUCUCAGUAUGCUAAUGUCAGAGUAGCAUGAACGCCGCAUUCAUUGUGUCA